AUGAAAUCGCUAAUUAACGAACCAGACAUGAACUUCCAUCUCAAACUAAACGAUCAAUCCUUCCAUAUACCCUACGAACUCCUUCAAAAAAAUAUCAAACAGACAAACAAGUUAAUUGAAAGAGAAACCCAACAAAUCCAAGAAAACUUUAAAAAAUUGAACGAUUCCUUCGAGAGCAACUCCCUAAAGGGUGACCAGGACGCACUGCAGGAGUUGAACUCCAUUAUUAAGGGAAUUGAUACGUUCGAAAAGACUUUGAAGAAACGUGUAUCCAAGGAACUUGAAAUUCUUGAUAGAAUAAAGGCUAGAGUUCAAUUUUUCGAAACACAGGAGCAACUAACACUCAAAGAGGAUAGAGAUGGUCUUAUAAAUUGGUAUCAACAGUACACUAAUGUGCUGAUCGGAGAUUAUUUAUUGAGAAACAAUUUAUCUUUGAGUAAUAAAUUGGGGGACACCACUUCAAAACUGGAGGAGGAAAACUCAGGUGUUACCUUUUUAAAACAGCAACAUUUGGAAAAAUUAUUGGAUUAUGAUGUCCUACUGACUGCAAACAAGAUUGCAAACUCAUUGGUAGAAUUUCAUGACUUGAGUCCAUUGCUAACUUGGAUAAAUGAAAAUAAAAACUACUUGAAAAAGAAUCGUUGUACUUUGGAAUUUGAAACUAGAUUUCAAGAACAUAUUGAACUAUUAAAGAAGGGACUAUAUAGAGAGGCUAUCGAUUGCUACCAAACAUAUUUGAUCCCAUUCAUAAAAGAUAAUUUUAAUGAUUUGAAGCUUGCCGCAGGUUUAUUAAUGUUCAUCCAAUGCUUUGGUACAUCUGUUUUCACAAAUGAAGACAACAACCUUAAAAAGAAAUCGAAUGAUAACGUAUAUGAACUCCUUUUCCAUAAAAAAAUGCUUAAUGAAAACCCGAAUGUAGCUCUAAUAAAUGAAAAUGGGAUGAAAUUUUGUUAUGAUGCUUACGAUUCGAGUCGAUACAAAGAACUCUUGAGCGUGAAUAGAUGGCAUUCCCUAAAGAAUUAUUUUUUAAAGGAAUAUUAUUCCAUGUAUGGUAUCUCAACAAAUGAUCCUUUACUCAUAUAUCUAUCAUUAGGAAUAUCUACUUUGAAAACGAAAGCUUGCUUACAUGAAAAUAACAAUUCAAUAUCCACAAAUCAAGAUUUGUUUAGCUAUGUGAAUAAUCGUGUUAUUAAUAAUAAGUGUCCUGUUUGUUCAGAUUCCUUUGCAAAAAUGUCAGAAUCACUGCCAUAUGCUCAUCAUACUGAAUCGAAAUUGUUUGAAAAUCCAAUAAUGCUUCCAAAUGGUAAUAUAUACGAUUCCAAGAAAUUAAAAGAACUAGCUGUCAAAUUGAAAGAGAGUAAUCUUUGCAAUCUUAAUGAAAAUGAAAUUAUGGAUCCUAUCGAUAAAAGGAUCUACCCUGCAGAUGAAUUUAUUACAAUGUAUCCUACAUGA